GAUUAAACAUCGCAUUGGCACAGGAUAUUAUGAUUGAUAUUAAAAAAAAUGCCAAAUAUAAGAUAGACGAGUAUAAUAUAAGUAAACGAUGACAUUUUAAUCAAACUUACUGAACAAUGUCGCCAUUGUGAUCACGUGACCACGUCAACAACCAACGAGGCUUUCUCUUCCGGGGGUUCGGAUUAAACCUCUUCCGGUGUGUGACUCGGUGAUUUUUGCGGCGUCCCUCACGUUCAGCUCCGUGAACGCAUCAUCGUGUAGCAGGAACACAAGAUGUCGACCACGUCGCAGAAGCACCGAGACUUCGUCCGGGAACCGAUGGGCGAAAAGGCCGUCACCACGCUCUCCGGUAUCGGUUCUACGUUGGGCGUCAAUCUGAACAGACAAGGCUUCGAUAAGGCAAAUAUGCUGCUGGGGCAGUUCCUGCUGCUGAAGAAGGACUCGGAAUUGUUCGCCGAAUGGUUCAAGGAUAUCAGUGGCGCAAACGGCCGCCAGGCGACGGCCUGCGCCCUAUGUUUGAAGGAGUGGUGUGACGCCUUCCUCUGACACCACGCCACUGUGAUGUAUCUUUGUUUACACUUGUUGUUUGUUUACAAUAAAAUGUUGGGUCAUUUG